AAAAAAAAUCAAAACAAAUAUUAAAGAUAAAAAAUCUCUUGAUUAAAAAAAUCCAUAAGUUUUUGUUUUUGACAAAUAAAAGCCAAAAGACAAAGAAUAAAUAAUUUUGCUAUUUAAUUUUUAUUUAUUCAGCCACUAAAGUUAGAAAAGUAAAUAGAAUAUUUAUUAAAUAGUUUAUUCUAAUAUAUCACAACAGUUAAUUAAUCUAUCCUAGAAAAUAUUUUCCCUUUUUGUAAAAGUAGCGUUGAUGCUAAGAAAGAAUUUUGUCCAAUAAAAAUAUUAACAUUAUAAACAUAAAAAAUAACUUUAUAUAAUCUGUGAUUUAUGAAUUAAGUUAAGAUAUAAUCAAAUUGAUGAUAAUAUAAAUAAAUCAACUCAAUUUAUUAAUAAAUAAAUCAAUAACUCAAUUUGAUUUAAAAAAUUAUUAGAUUACACAGUAAGGAUUAGCAUAAAAUAAAAUUUUGAAUAUUUGAAAAAUAAAUGAACGAAUAAAUAAAAAAAUAAACAAUAACAAAAAUUCUAACUAAAUUUUACCUAUUUUUUAAAAUUAGGUACAUGAGUUGUUUACUAAAGGCUGAAUAUAACUAAUAAAUAGGUACAUCAUCAUUUUGUUAAGCUAAUGUUGGAGAAUAGAUAAAUUAAACUUUUUAACAGCAAAGAAAAUGUUCAUUCAAAAGAAAAAGUACUUCGGAUAAUCGUAAGGUGAAAGAAUAUUUGCUUCCUCUGGUGUCUAAUUUUUUGCUUUACUUAAUAUUGAUUUUAUCAUAAAUUUAAAAUGUGAGUGCUAACCCAUAUUCUUAGUUAAAUAAUUUCAUUAAUUUUACUAUGAAUGGGAAUCUAUAAAUUAGUUAGGACGCCAACAUUAUAAUGGAAUUUAAUUAAUAAGCUUAUUAUAAGCUGUCAAAUUAUUUUAUAAACUUAGAAAUUAAUAAUUAAAAUUCACCAGUUUUUUUGUGCCUCUGCGUAGCUAAAAACUGCUAGGUCGAAAGCCUUAAAUGGACAUUCGAUGCUCUAGUCUUCUAUAGCAAAUAAAAUAAAGGCUAAAGCCUCCAAAACUAAUUAAAAAGUAAUCCUAUUAUUUGUAACAUAGAAAACUAUUACCACUCAUCAACAGAAAGAGAGCUGUAUAUUAAUAUAAAUUCUUAAAUUUAAGAGAUAUACCAAUAAAAUUAGCAUUUGGGAAUUAUUAUCAGAUCAUAAACUAAUUUAAAUACUUCAUACACUCUCAGCUUAUAAUAAAAGAGAAAUUUUUGCAGGAAAUGCCUUAAUAUAGUUUAAUGCGAUAGUUCAAGCUGCAUAUGUGAAUGCUAAGCAGGAUUUUUCGGUUAAUACUGCAGUGAAAAUGCAGUUGUUUUCAAACUUGGAUUAGGAGCUGAUGAUAUGACUUAAAGUGCUUAUUAGCUGAAAUAAAAAGUCUUUGCUGCUACUCUUUAGCUCUCUAAUCUAGAAUCUAAUACAAAUCUCAGAUCUCUCUAAUAAAAUCAUUCUUCUCCAUUCUUUCAUAAUAGUAAUAAUGAAUAAAGUUAUAAAACUAGUAACAGUUCUUCUCCAUUAAUAUAAACAAGUAAAUCAACUUAAUACAUUAAAUUAGAAGUUCAACCUUUUUUAGACAUGACCCCUAACAUUACUUAUACAAACUUUUACAUCAGUCUUUCUAAAAAUUCUAAUGAUUAAUUUAAACUUUUUGUUGCUGAUUAAUAUUAAAUUAACUCUAGUUACAUAUCCCAAAAUGACUUUGUUUAAGAAAUCGACUUUAAUGCUGGCGAAACUGAUAUUUAUAUCGAAAUUUAUGCUUACAACAGAGAAUAUCCUAAAUAAAAAGUUCUUGAAAAAAUUACUUAAGAUCCUAUUGGAAAAAGCGCAGUUAUCAAAUAAAUGAAGACUUACAGAAUUAUGCUUUAGUUUGACCCUUAAUAAGCUUAAAAUUAUUAACUUUUACUUGUAAAUUAAUGUGAAAAAAAUAAUGCUUCCUGUUUAAACUAAGUCUAAAUUAAUUACUCUCUUUCUGAUUUCCUUUUUUCGCCGAUAACAUAAGUUAAAUCUAAUUUAACUUAUAUGAUAGUGUUUUUAUCUAUCACAUUUGCUGGCAUGGCUUGCUUUUGCUGUUAUUCAAUAUACAAAAAUUAUUAAAAAAAGAGAAUUCAAAGAGAACAAGAAAAAAUAAAGAAAAGCAGCAAUACUAAUAAUAAUGAGUCAUAGUUUAAGUAAAUUCGUUAAAAAGUUGAAGCUUAGGCUAUAUAAGAUGAAGAAAUGCACAAAAUGAGAGAUUAAACUGUUGUAAUUGAAGUCGAAGCUAAAUCUAUAUCUAAUUUACAACUAAACAAUCCUAUAUCACAUACUACUAGUACUAACAAAAUUCUUGAUGUAAAAAAUUAAUACAGCGUCAAUAAAUUUAACAUCGUUCAAGCAUCAAGAGUUUUCUAAUCUAACUUAAUUAAGCUUUAAAAAUAAGAAUCAGAUGGAAAAAGUAACACUGAAAUAGCUGCAAGAAGCUAAAGUAGAUUUAACUCUUAGUAAGAAAAUAAAGUUAAAAUGAAAUAACUCUAUAACACUAACAGUGAAUUAUGUGAAUAGGAUAAAAGAAUUGAGAGAAUAAACUAAAUUCUAGAAUAGAAUAAUUAAUUACAAAUUUGUACAAUAUAAAAUCAAAAUUUAAACAUUUAGACUAAUUAGUAACCAAACAGUCCUAACAAAAUAAAGAAAGAAUUAAAACUUGAAUAAGCUACCACAUAAAAUACAUACAACAACUUAGGAUGUCACAAUAUUUCAAAUAACUUUAAUGAAAUAAGUAGUAACAAUACAACUGUAAAAUAAAACUCAAACAAAGAGAGCUUGAAUAAUACAGUAUAUUUAAAAAAAUAAACUGAUCAUUAAGAUGGAGAAUACGAUAGCACUUGUCUUAAUUAAUAAAGAGCAUCCAAAGCAAGUAUUCCUAGCGAAGAUUCUCAUGCUCUACCUCAAAUUAAUAACAACCACGCUAGGCCAGUUUAUCAUUAUGAAAUUUAGCAAAUAGAAUAAAAAAAAGAGUAACUCAAGGCUUAGUAAAAACCAUAAGAAAAUUGUUUGGGCUACCAAACCUUGAAUUACAUUACAACAAACUCGUCUAACACUAUAAAUUAAAUUUUUUCUAAUUUGGACUUUGAAAAUUAAUCUCCGAUCGACAAUUUAAUGUAAGGAUAAAGAGUUCCAUUAAUAACCAGACCAGAAUUAACUAAAUAUCUAUCAAAUCAAAAUAACUAAAAUUUAAACUCAGCUGUUUUUUUAGUAAACAAUCCUUCUAAAACCAAUCAAUCUUCUCACGCAUAAUUAAAUAUUAAUGAAUCCUCUUCAGAGGAAGAAGAAUCCUCAUAACUCAAAAAUGAUAAAAAAAUGUUGCCAAAUAUUAAAGAAGAAAAUUAUAAUAUAACCUAAGAAAAAGAAGAACAAUAAGAAGCUGAUUACAAAAAACUAAACUCAUAAUAGUAAUAAUACGACCUAUCUUAAAAUAUUGAAAAUAUUUGCGAAGGUUAUCCAGCCGAAUUAAAGGCAAUAGAUGGAAGUAAGAUACAGAGCCAUAGGAGAAAGAUACUAAGUAUGGGAGUGAAAAAAGAAAUUAAUAAUUAAGAUACAGAAAAAGCAGAUGCUAAAGAAAACGAAUUGUUGCUUAUUUGCUAAUAAGAAAUCUCAAACAUCAUGCUUAAAAAGAAAAAUGAAAUGGACUCAAUAAAUAACUCCGUAAAUAAUGGAGCAGAGGAUCUAGAAAAAGGAGUCAGAUUAGAUUAACUUAUCUACGAAGAAAAGGAUGAUAAUUAAAGCAUCUCGAAUGACGGAAUAUAAAAGCUAGAUUUUUUCAAAAUAGAAACACCUGAAAUAUUUUUCUAGAACUGUCCUAAAUGUUAAAGUAAAUAACAUGAAUUCUAAUUAAAACUAAGCAAUUUUGGAGAAUAGGGAGUCAAACCUAAAGAUAAAUAUUGCUCAUUGUGCCUAAUGAAAGCAGAGAUGAGUGAAGUUAAAAUGGCAGAUUCAUUUUGAAAUCUUAAAACUCUCAAAUUAUGAAAACAAACAAAAGUUUUACUAACAAAAUGUUUAUAAUUAAUAAUCAUCAAGACUCAAAUAUUAACCAAAUUAAUUUAAUUUUAUAUUACAUUAUUAGUUAGAUUAUUUAAUAAUCACCUUCUACCUUAAAAAAAUAAUGCAAACAGUUAAAAUAUUAUUAUUACUAUAUCAAAAUAAUAUAAGUUUAACCAAUUAAAAUAUCAAACAAAUAUUUUAUCAAUUUUACUAAAUUAAUUUAAUUCUAUUAAAUAUUAACUAAGAUAAGAAUAAAUAAAUAUUUCAACUAAAAAAAUUGUUUUUAUUCAAAUUAAUAUAUUUAUCUAAUAUAUAAAUAACUAUAUAAAAUUAAUGCAACCUUCAUACACUUAUUUACUUUUCAAGUCUGUUUUUAAAAUUUCAUUUUUAUUAAUUUUUUUAAUUUAUUAAAUAAAACAAUUAAGCAAAAGAUAAAUAUUUUACUCAUCAAACAAAAUAUUUUAAAUAUCAACAUGUUAAACAAUUAAGUAUUGAU